AUGCUUUUUCCAGAGCUUCAGUUUAAAUUUUCGAGGCUGGACUCACUGAUUUCAAGAUAUGAAUAUCUUUCAAAAACUAGGAAGUUUGGAGACUCUGCUGUUUCGUUUUGUACACAGAAUAUUAACAAUACAUUAAAAUCUAUUCAAAUUGAACUCAAAACAUUAAAAGAGCCAACUGAAAAAAGAAAAUUUGAAGAAUUUCUGAAUGCUCGAAAUGAUCGUAUUAAAAAUAUAAAUGAAUCUUGGGUACAAAAUACACAAAUUCCUUCAGAACAAGUUUCUAAUAUUACGAAACGCAGUUAUAAUGAAGAUAUACAGUCCUUAAAUGAUAGCAACUUAACAGACUAUAAAAAAGGUGAUACUUUAAUACAGUUGUCUGAUGAAUCAAUUUUAAGAAUGAAGAAAUCUCUAAUGGAUACUGAGAAAAUAGGAGACGAUUCUCUUAAUAAAAUGAGUAUUCAAAAAGAGCAACUAAGCAGAAUUCGGAAUGAACUAGAUAAUGUGAAAGACAAUAUUUAUAAGGCUAACAUAUCUCUAAAAGCUAUUGCUAGAAAUACUGCAACUGACUUUUGUGUACAAAUGCUAUGUGGGAUCUUCUCUAUUUGUUUACUAAUUAUUAUAGUAUUGUUAAUUGUACUUGGAAUCAGAAAACACAACCAAUCUGCAUAA